GUGCGACUGCUGGUACAGUGUUUGUCUCUCCAGCAACGUACGCAACAUUUCCUGCGUAUUAACCACUCGAGCCUUUUCACGCUCUCGUGCAUUCAACAUCAAACUCCAGUUUUUCUCGAUUUUAAGGCCCGGCCUUACACACCUCCUGUGGGGUACCAGCGCACCAUGUCGUCAGCCGACUCCCUCGAGACUGCUGAAGUCCUGAGGCGAUUGCAAGAGGACAUGGCACUCCGAAGGCCGAGGUCUCCGAAGCAAUACCAUUGCACCGAAGACAGUCUUGCACACUCUGACUUACGACCAAACACCCAAUGGGGUUUCGUAAUCGUCCGCGCAGUCUAUGGUCCUUCCAGCGAUGCGCCGUGGGCCCAGUUGCUCGAACUUUUUCGCGCGAAUGUCUCGGAGACCUUAAGGCUGGAACAUCAUCUGGAGCUGCUUCCCCGUCACGAGAUAACGAUUAUCGAGGACGAAGCAACACUUGCUGGCGCGGAUUCGUACGCCGCACGCCGCGCAUUUCGCGCUUGGGUAGCCGCUGAUCUGCCCCAACGGCUCCGCGACGACUGCCUGGAAGAGUUGGGCGGACUUACGCGGGUUCGUGACAAAUUACUCAGCAAUGACGCACAUAGUGCGCGCAACACGACCCAUCCUGCGAGUAUUGUGCCUCCUCGAUGGGAGUACUGCUUAUUCGUGGACCAAGAUUGCUUGCGCUCGGUGGAGAAAGGGCCUGAGGAUCCGGACUUGAAAGACCCAGCAUUGAAGAUUCUAACUACGGACUGGGAGCUAGAAGAAGUAGAGGUGCCCACGGAGGAAUUCACUAGGGACUGGGAUGGCGGCGAGACUGAUAAUGGCGCCGAAGAGGUUGGGUGGAUGUACAUGGACAUGACAGAUUAUGUCGCGGUGUACGAUCGUUUGAUUUCUAUAUUCGCUUGGCAUGAGUAUUAUGAACGGCCCUACAAAAGCUACGUGGAAGAUUCGAACUAAGCAUAAUGUGGCAGGUUCUGUACGCCAUGCGAGGUAGUAGAUAUCAUAACUCCUCCGACAAGCGACGUGCAAUAUGGGCGCCAGGCUAUCAAUAAUAUCUGAAGUGCUGCCGCGUCUGCAUCCCGCACUCUUGCACUGCGACUGGAGCCUUACCCAUUCCUUCAGGAGCAU